ACGGACAUGACGGCAGUAUGCCCACUGUUCACGGACGACCUCGUAGCUCACUGGACAGCGAUCGUAGUGUCCGCUAUAUUCGGCCUGCUCGGCGCAAUCGCGGCGAUCGCGCUCGCCGUUAUAUAUUUGGCCGUCGGCGAAAAGAAGAAGAAAGUGAAGACUGUCAAGAAGGUUGUCAAAAAGAAACGCAUCAAGAGGAAAAAGAAAGAGUCCCCGCCACCUAGUCCGCCCCCGCCUCCUCCACCACCUCCUCCACCGCCUCCUCCGCCCGAGCCUGUGCACAUCGAGUUGGAAGUUCCGGAACCAAUCCCGGUGCCUGUGCCCGUGAGGCGCCCGCGGCGUCGCCGCAAGCCAGUAAGGCCUGUUAUCGUGAUGCCGCCGCCAACAUGCUCGCACCCGCCCCCACAGCCGCCACCUCCUCCGAUGCCAACGCUUAUGCCGAUGCCGCUCUUCCUGCCUCCGCCUAUGAUGGGCCCAAUGCCGCCGUUCGCGAUGGCACCUGCAGCGCUCCCGCCUCCACCAACCGACCCGCCGCCGAUACCGCAGAUGAUGACGAGCUGCUCUGGCGAAAAUCAACAGUCGGCCGUCGCCUACACUAACGUGAACGUGUACGGUGGCGGUGCUGGAGGUGGCUUUGGUUCAUGGCCGUACGCGCAGACUGCUGUGCCUGCAGUCUACCCAACCAGAGCGCGAUACGCCGGAGCGAUCUCACCACAACCGGGCCGCACGACUUUGGUGCCGCUGCAGGAAUCAUCCCAUGUGGUGACGCAGACGUCGGUGACACGUCUAGCGGCUGGCAGAUCACCGGUGGCCACGUCAGCAGUGCCUUUGCAACGUGUCCAGGGCGUCACAAGCGCGACGCAGCCAGUGGUCACGGAGCGCAAGACUUAUCUUGUGCAGCAGCGCCCCACGUGACUGUGCCGGGCCGCUUCGGGUCUGGAGAGUCAUUGGAGAAAGAGUAGCCCGCGUGUUGCGGUUCUUAUAGGCGCGAAGCGAUAAUAGAGUAUUAAACGGGGCGUCAAUAGCAGAUCGCAGAGCACUAAUUUUUCUCAUGACUGAUUCCCACGGUUAAAGGCACGAAACAUGUUAACUAUGAACAGACGGCGCAACGCGUUUCCUUUCAUAGAUUUCUGCGGAAGUGUUUAGAGAAGAGAAUAAGCUCGGAAGCGUAGACAUAUAUGUUUUUUUUUUUGUGACCAUCGAGCUGGACGACCCGUCUACAAUGAACAAGCGAGUGGGAAAAUACAAGUUAAUCACGCGCGUAAGUUAAUACUGAUGAUCUCAACGUAAAAUUUAUGAUAGAAGAUUAUAUUUAGCUUUCUUCCUUGCAGCCUUGUCGCCAGCUGUAGUUGCGUGGCAGUAUGUCUGAGGGUCAUAGUCACCAUUAUCAUGUGCGCCUCUUUUUUCUCGUUGAAGCUAUUUCCCCGAGUAUGACGACGAAGCAUUAGUUGCACGCCAAUAAACUUGUGAAAAACUACUAUGCGGUGCGCACAAUGCCAUCCUCGUCCGCUACAUUGUUGCCUGUUGUGGGCCCUAUAGUAACCUAGAGG